AUGCUUUGCAAGAGAUCAGCCUUCUUCAAGAAUCGGUUCCAAAGAGCACGGAAAGACAUUGAAGGCGAAUGUGUCAUAUGCCACGAAGAUCUCGAUACCUUGACUGCAAACUUGACGUACUGCAAGGCAUGCGGAAACAACCUUCAUCAAGAUUGCAUGAACAAAUGGCACGACACCAACAGCACUUGUCCUACAUGUCGCGCGGAGUGGGUCGCUUCAGAGUUCUUCGAAUCCAUGCAUCUUGAACAUGUUGAUGCCAACGGCUUCGAUGUAUACAUUCAGUGGCUCUACGGAUCUGGCAUCCCGACCUACAACGCGGACAAGGGAGACGAUGAACUUCGUUGCAUCCGGCUGAUCGACGCGCACAUCGUGGGCGACUUCGUCAAAGACAGCAUGUUCGUUCAAGCCGUGCGCCAGGAGAUCAUCAUGUGUACCCUGAAUGUCUCAGACGUCUCUCGAAACAAUCUCACUGUUCGUGUAUACGCGAACACCAAUGGUGCCUGCGCUCUUCGAAAAUGCUUCAUCGACUUGUGUAUUCUCAAGGGUAAAGACAUGAUGUCUCUAUUGCCUGAAAACCCCGCGGGUAUUGUUCAGGAUCUUGUUGCACGUUUACUGCAGAGGGCAAAGGCUCGCAGUGACAAAGAUAUCUGGACCUUCAUGAGUGCUGCUGGUCAUAUCGAACAGGAUGACGCAAACAACGAGGCAGAGAACGAGGAGGACAACGAGACUAGAAUUGAGAAGCUGGACAGUUGA